AUGAACAACAACAAACCCAACAAACCAAAGAACGCCGAUGGCACGAAGAACGCCAAGGGCACAUCCCCCUCCAAGCCUCACUCUGUCUUUUUUGACGAGGAUGGAAAUGCUAUCACCUCUGCCGAUGCCGCUAGCCGCCCCAUUGUCAGACUUGGCAAGGACAGCACAAUCAUUCUUGGUCCCUGCCCUCCUGCUGUCGCUGUCACUACCCCUCUUCGCGCCGCCGAUGGCACGCGCAUUGCCUACGACACCCCCCCUCAUCAGCUGCCCGGUCAUACCCCCAAGGCCCCAGCUUCGGACAGUCAGAUGUCCAGUCAGAGCGUUGGGUAUGACGACCUCCACAUCAUUAGGGGAAUUCGAUUUGGCAUUCUUAAACUUGCGCUCUUAAACUGGUGGCCUCAGGGCCACAGGGAUAAGCACAUGGCUGGCCCUGCAGAGGUCUGGACCCAAUUAGAUCCCGUCUGUCUAGAACGCGUCGGCCAUCAGUGA